AUGCGAGGGCUACCGGCUAGAGGACGGAGCCGGCCAAAGAAGUUAGUCCGCCAUCGCCAGCAACAUCCAGUGCGCUUGGCAACACUUAACGUUGGGACGCUUACUGGAGAAAGUCGUGAACUGGCAGACAGUCUCAGAAAACGCCGUGUUGACAUAUGUUGUGUACAGGAGACUCGCUGGAAAGGUUCCAAGUCAAGGGAAUUAGGCGAUGGCUACAAGCUCAUCUCCCACGGCACAUCAAAUCGCAAUGGCGUGGAUCGACUAUCGGAUUGCCUGAUGGCUGUAAAAGUAGAAACAGGAGAAGUGGAAUUGCGAGUCGUCUCUGCUUAUACGCCACAGGUGGACUGUAGUGAAGAAGAGGAGGCGUGCUUUUGGGAAGAUCUGGAGCAGUACGUCCAAUCCCAGGGAUUGGAGGAGACUUCAACGGACAUGUCACUUCUCGGAAAAACGGGUUCAAGAGUUGUCAUGGUGGAUACGGUUGUGGAACCAUGUCGUUGCCCAACACCAUUUGUUCGUCAUAGAUUUGAAAAUCUUGGGGGAAAGGAAGAGAAAUCCAAGGAAACACAGCGCAUCAAAUGGUGGAAUCUGAAGGAUCGAAAGGAGUGUGGAGGAAACGUGGUCGUCUACUUCCAGCCUUAUACGCUUGACCGCGGAGAACACCCUGGGAAAGACGACUCUAGAACACGUCAGUCUAAAGAUCGGGGUGCUUACCUAGCGGCGACGAGGGAGGCCAAGAAGGCAGUCUUCAAGGCGAAGACGAACCGCUACAAGGCUGUUUACGACAUGCUUGGUACCAGAGAAGGCGAGCGAGGAGCGUUUAAUGCUAUCCAUGCUGUCCGUAUCCUUCUGGAGAAACAUCGAGAGAAGAACCGCAGUGUGCGUCUUGCUUUUCUCGAUCUCGAGAAAGCUUUCGACCGUAUCCCACAUGAGCUGUUAUGGAUGUCCAUGAGGUCGUAUAGAGUACCAGAAGAAUAUGUGCGGUGGACAAAGCUGCUUUAUGCGAAGCCCACCAGCCUUGUCCGAUGUGCUGCUGGAACAAGCAUGCCAUUCCCUGUACAAGUAGGGGUUCAUCAGGAAACAAGUAGUUGGAAAGAUCAGCUGCAGCAAUAUGGAUUGCGCCUCAACACAUCAAAAACUGAGUACAUGGAGUGCGGACCAAGGAUAGAGGACGGUUCAAUUCGUGUCGAUGGCACCGAAUUAAAGAAGGUGAACUGUUUCACGUACCUUGGAUCCAAAGUGACUUCCACAGGCGACAUUGAUCAAGAAGGUCGAGCACGUGUUAAUGAAAUGGAAAAUGAAAAGAUGAAAUGGAAAAUGGCAACAGGCGUACUGUGCGACAGGAAAGUCCCUGUUCGACUGAAGUCGAAGAUCUACAGGACGGUUGUGCGUCCUGUUGCCCUUUGCGAGUGA